AUGAAUGAUACACCAAAACUACUUCCAGUUCAUAGCUGUCAAGCCCAUGAUGGAGCUAUUACAUCUAUGACUGUAGGUCCAAACACUGGUCUUGUUUUUGCAUCAGCUGGUGCAGACAAAAUCUUGAAUUUGUGGGCAAUUGGAAAAGAUUCACCAUGUGCGUGCUUCAAAAACCUAAAUUCAUACGUAACUUCAAUGGAAUUUCAAAAUACAGAAGAGAUUAUCGCUUGUGGUACCAAUGGAGGUUCAGUUAUGUUGUUUGAUAUUGCUGCUGAGAAAACAAUGGCCUCUUGGGCUGUCUCAGCAUCCAAAAUUGGUGGACUAACAUUCGAUUCAUCCAAUAUGGAGACAAUCGCUACUUGUGGCGUUGAUGGACGCGUUCAAAUUUUAGCUCAAAAGUGUCACGCACCAGUUUCAAUAUUUAACGUCAGCCAAGACGAGCUUACGACAAUUACAUUAUCUCCUGAUGGCAGAUACUUCGCUGCAGGCGGUUUAGACAAAGUUGUGAACAUUUAUGAUCUUCGCUCAAACCAAAUCCUUGCAUAUCAUGAGCUUCACCAAGAUGCUGUUACAGCCUUACAAUUCCAUCCUACAGAAAACAUUCUAGCAUCAGGCGGAAAAGACAGAUCAAUUCAUUUCUUCUCAUUAGACACAUUUACAGAAAUAGAGCCAGUAUUACAAAAGAAUACAGCCGAAAUAGCUUCCAUUCGCUGGCAUCCUAAAGGUUCUACAGCUCUUUCUGUUUCAAAAUCUUUAUUAAAUGUCGUCGGAGUCAAUCCAAACCAAGUUUACGAUAGAUUCAAAUACUCCCUUGGAUCAGUGUAUGAUACACAGAUCGUAGGAGGCAAUAUUGUCAUUGCUUCCGCGAUGUCCAACCACAUCUCAUUAAAUAGAGUCAAAUUAGACACUUUACAGCCAUAUUCGCCCUAUUCUAAAAAGUCUGUAGCCAGAAAGAGCGAUGUUUCAAGCGUUUCUCCUUCGAAAUCUCCAAUUCGUAGAUCUUCAACUCCAACGUCAUUUAAAUGUGAUGAAAAUAAAGUAUAUGCAGAGUUCAGACGCGAGAGACCUGAAUUUUGCACUCAAAUGACAGAAAGAGGUUCAAGAAUUGCAAGAUUAGGAGAUAUGAUCGAAGAAAGUGGUCUCGAACAGACAAUUGAGACUGUCGCAAGCGGUGGAGACCUCCAGCCAGAGAUGGCAUCAAUAAUUUUGAGAAGACCGAAAUCUAUCAAAUUAGAAAGCGCUGCUCCGGUCAUGAUCAUCGCCAAUAAACUGUUUGAGACACAACCUGACGUUGCGUUGACUCUGAUUGACUCAAUAAUGACGACAUUUGGAAAAAUUACGUUUGCAACAAUGAGAACUAAUGGAGCUGAUGCAAGUUUAGAGGAAAGAAAGGCUAGAUGCGAAGAAAUGCUCGAUGCUUAUAGACUUAAUCUACCUGAAAUUCAGAAAUUAUCUCAAUUUAAGAAUCCUUUGAAGAAAGCGGCUGAUGACCUUCUCUUACAGUGGAGAUCAUUUAGCUAA